ACUGUGGAGGUGUUUUCCUAGCUUUCAGUUUUGCUUUUGGUUUCGCGCCUUUGCUAGCAAUAUUGAAAGCAGUGAGUUAAGCAAUGACAAUUUUUUAAAGAUAAACCUUGCAUUAGAUUAAAGUGAUAAAUCGUUGUGAUUGAUGACAAAAGUUGAAACAAAUUAAAAACUAAUUAGGGUUUUAGUUAAUAAUUCACAGUUAUAAUAACUAUGGCCACAAGGAGAAGGCAUGACUCUGAUAAUGAUCCUCCUGCUGAAUACACAACAAAAAGGCGUAAACAUGCUGAUAAAGUUGGAAAAGGUCUGAGACAUUUCUCAAUGAAAGUUUGUGAAAAGGUAAGAAGCAAGGGGAACACAUCAUACAAUGAAGUAGCUGAUGAGUUAGUGCUGGAAUUUGGACUUCAUGGUUCGUCAGACAGUCAGCAAUAUGACCAAAAGAAUAUACGUAGGAGAGUGUAUGAUGCACUUAAUGUAUUGAUGGCAAUGAAUAUUAUAUCAAAGGACAAAAAAGAAAUUAGGUGGUUAGGUCUUCCAACUAACUCAUUGCAAGAAUGCACGAUCUUGGAAAAAGAAAAACAAACGAAAAAAGAACAAAUAUUAAAGAAAACACAGCAACUCCAGGAGCUAAUAUUACAGCAUAUAUCAUUCAAAAGUCUAGUAGAACGGAAUAAGGAAGCGGAGAAUAAAGGAGUCAAGCCUUCACCCUCCUCGGCAAUCCAUUUACCGUUUAUUGUAGUUAAUACUAGUGAUAAAGCUCUCAUUGACUGCAGUAUAUCUAAUGAUAAGACAGAAUAUAUGUUUAAUUUUAAUAAGAGGUUUCAAAUACACGACGACAUAGAUAUAUUGAAGAGAAUGGGAUUAUUAUUUGGUUUAGACAAAGGGGAAUGUUCAGAUGAAGAUAUAGAGAGAGCAAAGAGUAUGGUCCCCAAAGCAUUGGAAUGUUAUGUUGAACAAAUGGCAAAGGGUUUGAGUGAAAACCUAGCACUUGAAGAGGAGUUGAUUGAUGAAGACGUAGAUGAUGAAGAGCUUGGUGAAGUAGAGGCGGAUGAUGACCAUGAGGCUGAUGUGAAUGAGUACAGUGAGGACAGUAGUGAUGUUGAUGUUUAGCAGAGCUAAGAGCACAACGGCUGUGGAGAACUUAAACAGAUUAUAAAAAAACACCUCAUUUAUGAAUGUAACAUGAAUUUCGUCUAUAUUAUACUAAGUAUAAAAAUAAUAAACAGUAAAGAUGGAAGUAAUUUGAUUAAAAUUCAUUCAUAAGAUAUUCAUUUAAAGAUAUCCCAUUCAGAAUAUGAAUUACUUCAGAAAUGUAGAUGGUAUACUUUCUGAGUUAAGAAUAUUAGGGAAAUUGUGCUAGGGGUUUCAUAAAAGGAAACAUUUACAGAUUUGAUUUUCUGUCGCCUUUCUUAUUAGGUUGUGGAAGAUAAUGUAUUGAAAAGUGUAAAUCUUGUGAGUUAAGUAUGAAGUUUGUUUCUGUUGUGAGUAGGAGUCAGCUAAGUGCAUGUUAAACUUAUAAUACUCCGAAAUUGGAUAGUAAUUUGCAUUACCUAACAAGUAUUUUUUUGUCGAUGUUUUAGCCAAAUCAUAAAAUUGAAAAGUGAAGUCUUGAGGCCUUACAAAUAAACAUGGUAUAAUGCCAUAGCUGAGGAUAAACAAAGAAUAUGCAAAAUGUUUACAAACAGAAAUUUUCACAAUUCUUGACAAUCGGAAAACUUCAGAACUAUCAUUGUACUGACAGUGUUGUCAGUGAUAUAAACAAAAUUGCAUAUUCUUGGUCUAUUCUCAGGUAUAACUUAUUACCAAGUUUAUUUGUAAGGCUGUUGAUGUUUAUAAAAUAUAACAUCUAUGACGAAAAAUGUAUUGUUUUAAGAUACAUGCAAUAUAUUACGUGCAGUAAUAAUGUGAAUUCUUAUUUAAAAAAAAAAUAAACAGUGUAAAUAAUAAUCAGUGAACAUUGUGAUGAAUUUAUUCAAAUUGUCUAAUAUCAUUAUAACAGGGAGUAUUUUUGUAUUUUAUGAUUGCAUUUAGGUUGAUAGAUACAUUAAAAUAAGACUAAAUAAUUAUUAAAAAUGUAUUAUGUUCCAUAGUA